AUGCCCCGCGGCUUCCUGGUGAAGCGCAGCAAGAAGUCCACGCCCGUGUCCUACCGGGUCCGCGGCGGCGAGGACGGCGACGCGCUGCUGCUCUCGCCUGGCUGCGGGGGCGCCCGCGCGUCGCCCCCAGCGCAGCCGGGGCCGGGACCGUUGCUGCCGCCCGCCGAGCGCGCCCAUGCGGCGCUUGCUGCCGCGCUCGCCUGCGCGCCGGGCCCGCCGCCCCCGCCGGGCCCGCGGGCCGCGCACUUCGGCAACCCGGAGGCCGCGCACCCGGCGCCGCUCUACAGCCCCACGCGGCCCGUGAGCCGGGAGCACGAGAAGCACAAGUACUUCGAGCGCAGUUUCAACCUCGGGUCGCCGGUCUCGGCCGAAUCCUUCCCUACGCCCGCCGCUCUGCUCGGAGGCGGCGGCGGCGGUGCGAAUGGCACCGGCGGCGGCGGCGGCACCUGCGGCGGCGACCCACUGCUCUUCGCUCCCGCAGAGCUCAAGAUGGGCACGGCGUUCUCCGCCGGCGCUGAGGCGGCCCGCGGCCCAGGGCCCGGCCCCCCGCUGCCCCCCGCCGCCUCCCUGCGGCCCCCGGGCAAGCGCCCUGCGCCCCCCGCCGCCGCCGAGCCGCCCGCCAAGGUAGCCAAGGCCCCGGGCGCCAAGAAGCCCAAAGCCAUCCGUAAGCUGCACUUCGAGGACGAGGUGACCACGUCGCCUGUGCUGGGGCUCAAGAUCAAAGAGGGCCCGGUGGAGGCGCCGCGGGGCCGGGCGGGGGGCGCGGCGCGGCCGUUAGGCGAGUUCAUCUGCCAGCUUUGCAAGGAGGAGUACGCCGACCCGUUCGCGCUGGCGCAGCACAAGUGCUCGCGCAUCGUGCGCGUGGAGUACCGCUGCCCCGAGUGCGCCAAGGUGUUCAGCUGCCCCGCCAACCUGGCCUCGCACCGCCGCUGGCACAAACCGCGGCCUGCGCCCGCCGCCGCCCGCGCGUCCGAGCCUGAAACCGCUGCCAGGGCUGAGGCGCGGGAGGCGACAGGCGGCGGCAGCGACCGCGACACGCCGAGCCCCGGCGGCGUGUCCGAGUCGGGCUCCGAGGACGGGCUCUACGAGUGCCACCACUGCGCCAAGAAGUUCCGCCGCCAGGCCUAUCUGCGCAAGCACCUGCUGGCGCACCACCAGGCGUUGCAGGCCAAGGGCGCGCCGCCCGCGCCUCCGGCCGAGGACCUACUGGCCUUGUACCCUGGGCCCGACGAGAAGGCGCCCCAGGAGGCGGCCGGCGACGGCGAGGCGGCCGGAGUGCUGGGCCUGAGUGCGUCCUCCGAGUGCCACCUGUGCCCAGUGUGCGGGGAGACGUUCCCCAGCAAGGGCGCCCAGGAGCGCCACCUGCGCCUGCUGCACGGCCAGGUGUUCCCCUGCAAGUACUGCCCGGCCACCUUCUACAGCUCGCCUGGUCUCACGCGGCACAUCAACAAGUGCCACCCGUCCGAGAACCGACAGGUGAUCCUCCUGCAGGUGCCCGUGCGUCCGGCCUGCUAGAGCGCGCCCUCCAUCGCGGCCCCCCCGAACUGUGCCUUCUCUUGGAGACCCACGAGGAGAGCGCGCCCUGCGCGCCCUGAACCCGCGUCCGCUCCGGGGGCGCCCACCCCCGGUGAAAGUGUUGUCUCCGCUUCUCUCGGUGUGGCGUGACGGUAACCCCAAUCCUCUCGUUGUGACUCCUUUCGGACCCCCCCCCCCUCUUGCGUUGUGUCCCCUUCCCCUCCUUGGCGCAACAGGAGCCAAUCUCUUUCUGUACAAGAGAGAAAAGCUGUAAGCGUUUGUCUCGUGGUUGGAGGCUUCCCCUUGGAGGGGAGAGCUGUUUUUCUUGCUAGUAUUCGCUGUGUUCAUGGUCUAGAAAUGCGGUUUGCUCUCGCCUACCAAUCUCUGCUCUCUAUGUAUGUAGCGUACGGGUUGUUUUGGGUGAAUCUUGAGGAAUAAAUGCCUUUAUAUUUCACAGGCUGUAAAUUGAACUUCCCACACGAUUAGCUUUAUUAUGGCUUGUGAACUGCUGGAGUCUGGCUUUACCUUUUUGUAUGUGAACAAAUCAAAUUGCUUAAAAAAGAGUUUUCUUUAGUAUAGCCACAAAUGCCUUGAACUGUUGUCUGGGAUUGUUUUGGGGGAGGGAAGGGAAUUUUCAGAAAAUGCUGUAGAAACUGCCUCAAUACUUCACAUAAGACUCUUUGGUUUUAUCAUCUUUGUUGAGGUAGGACUAUAUAAGUUCUCUCUAAAUGUAUAUGUUGAUUUAUGAGUAAUUGUUAUUUAUUCUUUAUUUAUUUAUAUUAAUUAUGAAGAUUAUGCUAUUAUUUGAUUGCAGAUCUUUUUUUUUUUUUUGGUACGCUUUUCCCCCUCCCUUGCCACUCUUGACAUUUCACUGUGCAUUUUAGAAGAGAGCCUUUUUCUAAAGGGAUCUGUUAAAAGUUUUAACUUUUAUACCUAUCUGAGCGAAUUACAGACAACCUACCAUUUUAUUCUGCUUGGAGGGCCCGUGAGGCCCCUGUACAACCAACAGCUCUUACUUUUAAAUGCAAUCUCUUUUCUACAUACAUUAUUUUCUUAAUUGUUAGCUAUUUAUAGAAAGCUUCAAUAGAACUGUUUCAACUGUAUAACUAUUUACUAUUCAAAUAAAAAUAUUUUCAAAGUCAAA